AUGGCGGCCUCCAUUGGGACACGCCCAAGAUGGCGGCCUCCAUUGGGACACGCCCAUGAUGGCGGCCUCCAUUGGGACACGCCCAUGAUGGCGGCCUCCAUUGGGACACGCCCAAGAUGGCGGCCUCCACUGGGACACGCCCAUGAUGGCGGCCUCCACUGGGACACGCCCAAGAUGGCGGCCUCCAUUGGGACACGCCCAAGAUGGCUGCGUCCGUCGGAGCGCACCCAAUAUGGCCGCUCACGCCUCGCACCACGUGGCCUCUCGCAGCCAAUCCCUGCGCCCUUCCCUUUGCUCAGCCUCGCUCCUGCCUCAGCCCCGCCCCUACGUCAUCGCCGUGCGCCGGCGCCAGCGGGGCUGCAGGGCCGCGCGGGGCGCCGAGCCCCGCCCCCGAGGGGGGGGCUGCCCGAGGUCAAGCGCCGCGGCCGAGCCCGGAGCCGGCGGGAGGGGCUGGAGGCGGAGCUACAACGGCUGGACCUGGGGACCGACGCUGCAGCCCCCACCGGGACAGGGCUGGUCUAUGAGGAUGCUCAGAGCCCUGGGGGGCCGGAGCCGCUGGCGAGGGCUUGGGCAGCGCUGGAGGAGCUGGGGCUGGUGCAGCGCUGUGUGCGCCUGGAGUGUCGCCCGGCCACCAAUGAGGAGCUGCUGCUGCUGUACAGCCCCACAUUGCAGGAGCAGACGGAGCAGCAGCCCCCACCCGCGCCCCCCCCGGGCCUCUCCCUGGCUCUGGGGUCGCUGCUGGAGCUGCAGCAGAAGGUGCUGAGCGGGGACCUGCGCAAUGGAUUGGUGCUGGUGCGCCCCCCCCAGCACCUGGGCUCCAGCCCCAUCAGCGCCGCGGCUCGAGCAGCCCAGAGACACGGCCUGGAGCGGAUCCUCCUCGUGGAUUGGAGCCCCCAGCCCGGCCGGGCCCCCCCCCGCCUCAGCCAGGAGCAGCCGGGGCUGCUCUAUUUUGGGAUGCACCAGGGCAGGGACCCCCCCCCCUGCCCCAGCGACGGCUUCACCGUGGAGCUGCACUGGGACGAGGCUGGCAUGACAGAUGGGGACUACGCAGCCGCCUUCUUCCAUCUCCUGCUGCCCAUUGCCUUUGAGUUCCAGCCCCAGCUCGUGCUGGUGGCCGCCAGCUUCGACAUCGCCUCCGAGGACCCCAAGGGGCAAGGGGGGGUCUCCCCCGAUGGAUUCGCUCUCCUGACCCAUUUGCUGUCAGCGCUGGCGGGGGGGCGCCUGGUCCUGGCCCUCGAGGGGGGGGCGGGGGCGGCGGCGCUGGGGGGGGGGCUCAGCUCCAUCCUGCGCUCGCUGCUGGGGGACCCCGGGGACCCCCCCGGCCCCAUGGUGCCCACCCCAAGCGGCCUGGCCUGCGUGUCCCGGGCCUUGUCCCUGCACCGCCCGCGCUGGAGGUACCUGAGCUGCGCCGAGCCCGAGGAGGAGGAGGAGGAAGAGGAAGAGGAGGAGGAGGAGGAGGAAGUGGAGGAGGUGGAGGAGGAGGAGGAGGAGGGGGGGGAUGAAGGCGAUGAAGGGGACGCCCCCCCCCCGCAGCAGCCGCCAUGGCCGCAGCCCGCGGCCCGCACGGGGCUGCUCUAUGAUGAGCGCAUGGAGGAGCACCACAACCCCUGGGACAGCCAGCACCCUGAGGCCCCGCAGCGGGGCAGGCGCAUCCUGGAGCGGGCGCAGGAGCUGGGGCUGGCUCAGCGCUGCCUGCGCCUGCCUGCGAGGGCUGCGAGCACCGGGGAGCUGCGGGCCUGCCACACGGGGGCGCUCCUGUCCCUCCUGGCGCGCUCGGCGGCGCUGCCCGCGCGGGACCUGCGCUCCGUGGCCGCGCGCUUCGACUCGCUCUUCCUGAGCCCCCGCUCCCACGCGUGCGCGCGGCUCGCGGCCGGCACCGCCUGCGCCGCCGUGGGGGCCGUGCUCAGCGGGCAGGUCCGCAACGCCUUGGCCAUCGUGCGCCCCCCCGGGCACCACGCGGGCCCCGGGGCCCCCGGCGGCUUUUGCCUCUUCAACAACGUGGCCGUGGCGGCGCGGCACGGACAGGGGCUGGCGGGGGGGGUGCUGAUCGUGGACUGGGACGUUCACCACGGCAACGGCACCCAGAAGAUCUUUGAGGAGGACCCAAG